ACUGAGCGAUAAUAGGGAAAAUAAACACAUGUACUUACCAGGAUUUAACUAUUUAAGUUCAACAUCGGAUUUCUUGUACAAUGAUUUUAAGAAAUAUUAAAAAGUUGCACAAAAACACAAGCUAUAUGAAAUGUAUAGCAUCAAGAUGUUUAAAUCAGAAAACAACUGAUAAUAAUGAGUUUGUUAAUAAAGAUCUAUCAGAAUACUUAUCAAACGAUCCUCCAGAAAGACCGAUAGAUCCAGAAUUUCCGUCUGAUUAUGAAGAGUAUAGAAUGCAAGAAUGGUUAAAGUAUAAUAAAAUCAAACGAUCUCAAGAAAAGAAAGUUAAAAGGCCGCUUAUUGAUCCAAGGGAUACUUCUAUAAUUCUUUUUCCGGGACAAGGAGCUCAGUUUGUGGGUAUGGGCAGAGAGACACUUAACUUUCCAAAUGUUAGAAAUAUGUUUGAGGCGGCAAGUACAAGAAUGGGAAAAGAUUUAUUAAAAUUAUGUCUUGACGGACCAAUAGAAGAAUUAAAUAAAACUGAAAAUUGUCAACCAGCCGUGUUUCUUUGUAGUUUAGCAGCAGUAGAAAAACUAAAAAAUUUGGAGCCUUAUGCUAUUGAAAAGUGUAUAGCAACCGCCGGAUUUAGUCUUGGAGAAAUUACAGCUUUGGUAUUUUCCGGAGCUUUUUCAUUUGAGACUGGUUUGCAAGUUGUUAUAAAUAGAGCCAAAGCAAUGCAAAAAGCUUCAGAGAUUAUACCAUCGGGUUUAGCAAGGGUAUUCCUCAAAUCUAACUCUAAAUUAGGUUUUGCUUGUAAAACUGCAAGAGAUUAUUGCAAGGAUAAGCUAAAAAUUGAAAAUCCUGUUUGCGGUGUAGCCAAUUAUUUGUUUCCGGAAUGCAAAGUAAUUGGUGGAAAUAUCGAGGCUUUACAAUUUAUAAAGGAUAAUAGAAGAGAAUUUAAACUACUAGGUGUUCAAAUGCUUCACGUUUCUGGUGCAUUUCAUACCGAAUUAAUGAGUUCUGCACAAGAAGACUUUAAAAAUACGCUAAAUCAUGUCAAAAUUGAUAAACCUAUUGUCCAUACAUAUUCAAAUAUAGAAGUCAGUCCGUAUAAAAAAGUAAAUGAUAUAAAAAAAUUAUUAGUAAAACAGUUGGUAAAGCCUGUAAAGUGGGAGCAAAUUAUGCAUACAAUCUAUACAAGAGACAAAACAGAGGAAUUUCCGGAUACUUUUGAAUUAGGACCUGGAAAACAACUGGGAAGUAUAUUAAAAUCAACUAACAGAAGAGCUUUUUCUUAUUAUAAAUCAAUUAAUAUAUAAAAUUCCUUUAUUUUUAUAAGAAUACAAAAUAUUUAUUAAUUAAAUGUAAGUAUAUCUGUUAAAUAAAGAUCAGUCUUGCAAAAAAAUAACCAUUCGUUAAAGUAAUUGAUACGAAAGUAUUUAUAGUAAUGUUACCUGACAGUUAGCUAUCAAGGCACUGAUACCUUAAUAUCAAGUUUAAUUUUUAACGAUCUAAUGAUACUACAUUAUUAAAAUAUAAUCCAUUUUUAUUAAAAAAAAACAUGCAGUAUAGACAUUCAAAACUUGAAAUUUGUAUUUCAAAUUUUAGAAACUAGUUCAAAUAUU